CGCCAGCGGCGCCGCGCACGCGCCGUGCAGGCCAGGCCGGGCCGGGCCGCGCCCCGCGCCCCGCGCCGGGGGCGGGCCGGGCCGGGCCGGGCCGCGGCGCUGCCAGCGCGGAGGCAGCGCGGCGAGGCGCGGGGCAUGGCUCCGCCGGGGUCGGGCGGGAUCCCGCCGACUGCCCUGUCGCUGGGCUCCACGGCGGCCUGGCGGGAGAGCCGCGCCGCACUCGGUGAUGAAGAGUUUCUCCAAGCUUUGUCAAGCUAUGGUUUACAAACAACUACUUUGGCAACUAAGACUGGCCAUGGUAAUGGGUCUGACCACCCAGAAUAUAUUGCCUUUGCAUUGGUUCCUGUUUUCUUCAUCAUGGGUCUCUUGGGGAUCCUCAUCUGUCAUGUCCUUAAGAAAAAAGGAUAUCGUUGUACAACAGAGGCUGAACAAGUAGAAGAAGAAAAACUUGGCGAAAAAAUAGAAAUGAAUGAGACUAUGCAUGAGAAUAGUGACACUGUGGGACAAAUUAUUAACUACAUAAUGAAAAAUGAAGCAAAUGCUGAUGUGUUAAAGGCCAUGGUAGCAGACAGCAAUGUUUUUGAACCUGAAAGCCCUGGAUCUCCUACCACUCCUGGGAGUCCAACAACUCCAGGGUCUCCUUUGUCACCUGGUGCUAUUCCAUUUAAACACAACUGCAAAGGCCAUCACUUCCAUACUGUUGGAGGAGUAGCAGAAAAGGAUGUUUGUACUCGUUGUAGUCACAAACGAUGGCAUCUUAUAAAGCCAGCCCACAAACCAAAAGAGCACAGAAGAAGCCGUCUUGGAGAGGUUACAGUACUUUCUGUGGGAAGAUUUAGAGUCACAAAAGUGGAGCACAAAUCUAAUUCCAAAGAGCGGAAAAGCUUGAUGUCUGUUACUGGUGUGGAGAGUGUCAAUGGUGAUAUGCCUGUUACGCCUACAAAACGGGAAUCGAGAGAAGCACCUGCUACACCUGUGAAACAGGGAAUACAAGAGAGAAGAAGCUCAGAGUAAGCUGCAGGUGGAACUUUUAGAAGAAGCUUGUCUGUUAACACUUUGGAGAAAACUGAGAACUCCGAGAUGCUUAUUAUUUAAAGAAAUGUAUUUAUGACACUGUAGCGUUUUACAGGUUCUGUGAUGGCACCUAUGCAAAGUUAAAUGCUUAAUGGCUUUUAACCAAUAAAAUCAGUAAGAUUUAGAUGCUUACAUAGUGUUGAGCUCUGUGGACCUCAUACCAAAUAUUGGGCUUUGUCCUGCAAAAAAAAAAACCAAAAAAAACCCAAAACCUGUAACUCUUUUUGGCAGGAAAAGUAAAAGCGUUAUUAAAUAACCUUUAUUUUUGUUUUCAGAUAAGUAUUUUUAAAGAGCUCAAUAUUAUGAAUAAUUACUCUAUGGAUAAACUGUGUUUACCCCUCUGGUCUGUCUGUUUUUUCUCUCCUCUGUUCUUCCCUUCCAGAGUUCACGGUUAUUCACUAAAGAUAAGCCAGGUUUUGGAAGAUGAAAAUAUUGUGUUAAUCUAACUGUUAAGAAACAAGCAAAAUGUGCAAGGAAGCAAAUGCUAUGUCAGCCAAAAUCUGCACACGUGCCUUUAGUAUGUAAGCCCUCUUUACAGUACAGACUAGUUCAGCCAUAUGCAGAUGUUAAAUGAUAUCAAUGUCUUUCUCCCCCUUAUCUCAGUAACUGCUUGAUAUUAGGCUAAAGAGCAUCUCUUCUGUGCAUAUGGAUGAGCUCUUGGGAAGGUCACUUUCUUCAAGGCCUUUUCUCCUUCCAUACUUGUAUGUAUGUCAGGAAUGCCUAAUAGUCUUGCCUUUCUUUUUUGUCUCCUCCACUCCCUCCAGGUUCCUUAUUAAACUAAGGCAACCUAUUUCAACAAUUAGAUAAGCAUAUGGAAUAUAUGGCAUUAAAAAUUUUAGUGUACUUAAGUGCUUCAGAGUGGCUUUAUUGGACUGAGGAUAGUAGUUUCCAGUGACACGAAAAUGUUAAGCCAUGGCAUCACUAUCUUCAUAUUUCGAGUAUGACUUACUGGUAAAAAUACUAGUGACUGUUCUGUAGUGCUAAUUCUUUGUGUCUACUUAUGAUCUCUGCUUUAUUUUGUUACUUGGGAACCUAUGCAAUACUUCAGCAAACUUUGCUGUAUAGUAGAAGCUGAAAAAUAACAUUUGCUCUGAGUGCCUAAGAAUACAUAAGCUGUAGUAUACUGCAUUUUAGUAGAGAUUGCACUAUAUUCUGAGAACUAUAAAGUAAUUUAAUCUGCUUUAUGAACUCACUGAAAAUCAGUGCCUGUUUUGAAAUUGAUGUUUUAAAUUAAUGCUGUCAAUCUUUUUAGUCCAAAUGCUCUAAACUGUGUUUCUCCUUCAGAUCUGAGAGUCAAGUUUCUUCAUCAGCCUACGCAAUGCUAACCAUCAAUAUGUAGAAAGAUAAAUCUUCCCACUUACAAUUUUAGAUAUCCUCACAGCUUGUCAUGAAAGGUCAGGUUUAUUGGGCUGGGAAGUAUGUGCUGCUCAUGGUCGUCUUUUGGCUUGUAUCCACAAGACACAAACUGGACCUAUCAAUGUAUACUUCUUACAGACAGUAACUUUCUGUUUGCAAAACAAACCUUCUAAAAAGAAUCAUUGGUUUAUUAUUCCUUUAAAAAUUGAUAUUUUUAGAGAAGAUUGUCCAUAUCUGAGUCCCCAGAAUAAGCUUGGUCAUGACUGCUACUUGAGUGUUUAGCAUCCUUGCUCUUAGAAAUUUAAGAGAUGGUUUAUAAGAUCUUUUCAAUUUUUAGAUUUAACUUAAUCAUCAAACUCACCUUACAACUGCUAAGAGGCAUACAUUUAAUAAAUUCUUACAUUCUUUUCCUCUCCAGACUUUGCUUCAUUGUUUCUGUAAAGAGCUUAACAUUUGCAGAGGAGUUUAAUUCGUGUUAGUACAGCAGUUACCUUACACUCAUAUUUCUCUUAGUAUCUUGGAAACUGAAUUAAAAAAAAAAAAAAACUGGAGAAAGUGAGUAUUUUGCAAAACCAAGCAGUUUUGAAUAGUUAGCAGAAAGGAGAUACACAGUUGUAGACCGUCUCAAAAGUUUAAAAAAAAAACAAACAAAAAAGAUUUUAUUCUGAUAGUGUUGUGUUUUAGUAUGCAGUGGGUUGGGACUGCAAGUAAAUAUGCCAAAAGGAUUGAAGAGAGUUUAAAUAGAAAUAUGCUAUUUUUUUACUUAAUUUAAAAGUAGUUUCUAUUUCAAUUCUAUUGGAGGCAUGUAGAAUAAAAAAGUACAAGUGUAUUGGAUAUGUAAAACAUUGUUUGGCUAUUUAACAUACUUACAUAAGCUCCUGUACAGACCAGGUCUUACAACAUCUUAACUUGUGCGUUGCUACUUCAGCAAAAGUAUUUAGAAAUUGUGCCUGUUUUAUUGCAUUUAACACUACUCUGCAGUUUUGUGGUGGUAUGGAUGUUGCCAUGUCAGUCUUUCUUAAAUUUGCAUAUCAAAUGUAUUUUUAACAAAAUAGUUUAUAUACAAUUUUUGUACUACCAAGCAGUAAAUAAAACAUUGAUUCUUAA